CCGCACUUCCGGCAGAGGCCCCGCCCCUUGCCCCGGAAGCUCUCACCACGAGACGAGGUUUCUGGGCUGGGUGGGCAGUGCGGCUUCCUUUUUGUCCGACAUCUUAGCGCGGUUGCAGUGCCGGCUGCUGCCCUCCGAGCUUCGCGAUGCCUCCCAAAGACGACAAGAAAAAGAAAGAUGCCGGAAAAUCGGCCAAGAAAGACAAAGACCCCGUGAACAAAUCUGGGGGCAAGGCGAAAAAGAAGAAGUGGUCCAAAGGCAAAGUUCGGGACAAGCUCAAUAACCUCGUCUUGUUUGACAAAGCCACCUACGACAAGCUCUGCAAGGAAGUCCCCAACUAUAAGCUUAUCACCCCUGCUGUUGUGUCUGAGAGGCUGAAGAUUCGGGGGUCCUUGGCCAGAGCUGCCCUUCAGGAGCUCCUUAGUAAAGGACUUAUUAAGCUGGUUUCAAAGCACAGAGCUCAAGUAAUUUACACCAGAAACACCAAGGGUGGGGAUGCCCCAGCUGCAGGGGAAGAUGCGUGAGCAGGUCCCAACUGUACAUUUUGAAAAAUAAAAACUUUAUUAAGUCAAAUAAAUGGAUGUGUGUGUUUCUUCAACAAG